CCCUUACGCCGAUUUAGCACUAGCACACGACUCGAGCAGCUAUGCCGUUCAUUGUGAAGCUGAAUAGCACCAAGUGUGGGUGGUAUUCCUCAUCUUGUUCAUGUGGUGAUUAUAUGCAGUCGACAAGUGUGCAAACUGCUCACCCGAUUGAGUCAUUCGCCCAACUCUCAAGAUGUCAGAGGAGCACCUGGUGACGUCAGAGGAGCAGACGGUGUCUUUGGUGGACGUCUUGCAGGAGGAUGAGGAGUUGGAAGAAGAGGCUUCUGCUGUAUUGGCGGGAAGUGACCCGGAUCACUGCUCGUACCCUCAGGGUUACGUGAAGCGGCAGGCUCUGUACGCCUGCAACACAUGCACGCCAAAAGGAGGCGAAGCCGCCGGUGUGUGUUUGGCGUGUUCGUAUAAAUGCCAUGAAGGUCAUGACCUGUUUGAGCUCUACACCAAGAGGAACUUCCGUUGUGAUUGUGGAAACAAGAAAUUUGCAGAUGCACGAUGCAAACUCUUUCCUGACAAGGAUGAUGUCAACAAUCUGAAUAAAUACAGUCAUAACUUUUUUGGAGAGUACUGUACUUGCCGUCGGCCGUACCCUGACCCGGAAGACCAGGUUGAAGAUGAAAUGAUUCAGUGUGUGUUAUGCGAGGACUGGCUGCACGGUCGGCACCUGGGCUGUGAAGUUCCAGAGUGUGUAGAACUGCAGGAGAUGAUCUGUGAGUCGUGUAUGACCAGAAACACGUUCUUGUGGUGCUACGCUUCUCACCUGGCAGUUCCGGCUCCUGCGGUUGAGUCCGAGGUGAAGGAGACGGGUGCACACCUGGAUGGGUCUGAUAAGGUUGACGACAUCGCUGAGCCGAGCUGCAAGAGAGUCCGUCGGGAGGAGCAAGAGGAUCCAAGUUGCAGACUCAAGCAGCUUCAAGCCAUGGAUGUUAAGCGGGUGCAGUCUGGGGCCGUAUUUUGGCCGUCGGGGUGGCGCUCAAAGCUGUGCCGUUGCAACGCCUGCCAGGAGACUCUGUCGGAAGCAGGUCUCUCCUUCCUGCUGGAUGAGUUGGACACGGUCCUCGCUUACGAGAACAAAGGGAAGAGUGAAGAAGAGCGCAAGCAAAGUCCCGACCCUCUGAUGUCAGCACUAGACAACCUAAACAGAGUACAGCAGCUGGAGAUCAUCCACGGAUACAACGACAUGAAAAGUGAACUGAAGGACUUCCUGCAGAGAUUUGCUGCAGAAGGAAAGGUCGUGACCUCGGAUGACAUUCGGGAGUUCUUCGAGCAGCAGCAAAGUCGCAAAAGAAGACAAGUUGACAGACGCUUCGACUGUGCCUGAAGCCCGCCGACCUUUUCCCGAUGUCCUCUCGUUGUCUGUUUUGUGGUUUUUCUUCAUGUAGAAUGCUUUUUGUUCACUUUUCUUUUCAGGGGUCAAAGAUCAGUCAACUUCCUUUUUAAUUAAAAAUAAAAUGUCAGGGCC